CCGACAAGCGUGCGAGCGCGAGCGGUCGGACCGCCCUGUGGAGGUGCAGAAGCCCUCUCCGAUUUUAAGUAAACUUUUAUUUCCCUUUUGGAUUUCUGCUUUGCAGAGAGAGCAAUGGCAGCCCGAGUACUUGUAAUUGGCAGCGGUGGAAGGGAACACGCACUGGCCUGGAAACUUGCACAGUCUAAUCAUGUCAAACAUGUGUUGGUUGCCCCAGGAAAUGCAGGCACUUCCUCCUUGGAAAAGAUUUCAAAUACUGCCAUCUCGAUCAAUGACCACACAGCCCUUGCUCAGUUCUGCAAAGAUGAGAAAAUUGAAUUCGUAGUUGUUGGACCAGAGGCACCUCUGGCUGCUGGAAUUGUUGGGAACCUGACAUCUGCAGGAGUCCAAUGCUUUGGUCCCACUGCAGAAGCAGCUCAGUUAGAGUCCAGCAAGAGAUUCGCCAAAGAGUUUAUGGACCGACAUGGAAUCCCAACUGCACGGUGGAGAGCUUUCACCAAACCUGAAGAAGCCUGCAGCUUUAUAAUGAGUGCAGACUUCCCUGCUUUGGUUGUGAAGGCCAGUGGUCUUGCGGCUGGAAAAGGAGUGAUUGUUGCCAAGAGCAAAGAAGAGGCCUGCAGGGCUGUACAGGAGAUCAUGCAGGAUAAAGCUUAUGGAGCAGCUGGAGAAACAAUUGUCAUUGAAGAACUUCUGGAAGGAGAAGAGGUGUCUUGUCUGUGCUUCACUGAUGGAAGGACUGUGGCUCCCAUGCCCCCAGCACAAGACCAUAAGCGAUUGCUGGAGGGAGAUCACGGCCCCAACACAGGGGGGAUGGGAGCCUAUUGUCCAGCACCUCAGGUUUCUAAGGAUUUGUUCCUGAAAAUAAAAAAUACCAUUCUUCAGAGGACAGUGGAUGGCAUGCAGCAAGAGGGUAUGCCAUACACAGGUGUUCUCUAUGCUGGUAUAAUGCUGACCAAGGAUGGCCCAAAAGUUCUGGAGUUCAAUUGCCGUUUCGGUGAUCCAGAGUGCCAAGUGAUCCUCCCGCUUCUUAAAAGUGAUCUUUAUGAAGUGAUUCAGUCUAUCUUGGAUGGCCUGCUCUGUACAUAUCUGCCUGUUUGGUUUGAAAACUGCACUGCAGUAACUGUCGUGAUGGCAAGUAAAGGCUAUCCGGGAGAUUACACCAAGGGUGUGGAGAUAACAGGGUUUCCUGCGGCUCAAGCUUUAGGACUGGAGGUGUUCCACGCAGGCACUGCCCUGAAAGAUGGCAGAGUGGUGACUAACGGGGGUAGAGUCCUUACGGUCACAGCGAUCCGGGAAAAUCUCAUCUUGGCCCUUGAAGAAGCCAAAAAAGGACUAGCUACUAUAAAGUUUGAGGGAGCCAUUUACAGGAAGGACAUAGGCUAUCGCGCCAUAGCUUUUCUCCAGCAGCCCAGGGGCCUGACUUACAAGGAAUCUGGGGUAGACAUUGCAGCUGGAAAUAUGCUGGUCAAGAAAAUUAAACCUUUAGCAAAAGCUACCUCCAGACCAGGCUGUGAUGUUGAUCUUGGAGGUUUUGCUGGUCUUUUUGAUUUGAAAGCAGCUGGUUUCAAAGAUCCUCUUCUGGCAAGUGGAACAGAUGGUGUUGGAACUAAACUGAAGAUUGCCCAGCAGUGUAACAAACAUGAUACAAUUGGUCAAGAUCUGGUUGCAAUGUGUGUCAAUGACAUUCUGGCCCAAGGGGCAGAGCCCCUUUUCUUCCUCGAUUACUUUUCCUGUGGAAAACUUGACCUUAAUACAACUGAAGCUGUUGUCGCUGGAAUCGCCAGAGCCUGUGGAAAAGCUGGAUGUGCUCUCCUUGGAGGUGAAACUGCAGAAAUGCCUGACAUGUAUCCUCCGGGAGAAUAUGACGUAGCUGGUUUUGCUGUUGGUGCCAUGGAGCGGGAUCAGAAACUCCCUCACCUGGAAAGAAUCACUGAAGGGGAUGUUGUUGUUGGAGUAGCUUCAUCUGGUCUUCACAGCAAUGGAUUUAGCCUUGUAAGGAAAAUUGUAGCAAAAUCUUCCCUCCAGUACUCAUCUCCAGCACCUGAAGGCUGUGGUGAUCAGACCUUAGGGGACUUACUUCUUACUCCAACCAGAAUCUACAGCCAUUCACUGCUACCUGUCCUACGUUCAGGACACGUCAAGGCCUUUGCCCAUAUUACCGGUGGAGGAUUGCUAGAAAACAUCCCCAGAGUCCUUCCUCAGAAGUUUGGGGUGGAUUUAGAUGCCCAGACCUGGAGGGUCCCCAGGAUCUUCUCAUGGUUACAGCAGGAAGGACACCUCUCUGAGGAAGAAAUGGCCAGAACAUUUAACUGUGGGAUUGGGGCUGCCCUCGUGGUGUCAAAGGAUCUGGCAGAGCAGAUUCUGAGAGAUAUUAAGCAGCACAAGGAAGAAGCCUGGGUGAUUGGCAAGGUGGUGGCAUGUCCUGAAGGUUCUCCUCGUGUGAAAGUCAAGAAUUUGAUAGAAACCAUGCAAAUAAAUGGAUCAGUAUUAGAAAAUGGCACCGUGAAAAAUAAUUUCUCUGUCCAAUCAAAAAAGGCAAGAGUGGCUGUCUUAAUAUCUGGAACAGGAUCAAACCUGCAAGCUCUCAUAGACAGUACUAGGGAGCCAAGUAGCUGUGCGCACAUUGUUGUCGUUAUCUCCAACAAAGCCGCAGUGGCUGGCUUAGAUAAAGCGGAGACAGCUGGAAUUCCCACCAGAGUAAUUAAUCAUAAAUUAUAUAAAAGUCGGGUAGAAUUUGACACUGCAAUUGACCAAGUCCUUGAAGAGUACUCCACAGACAUAGUCUGUCUUGCAGGAUUCAUGAGAAUUUUAUCUGGCCCCUUUGUCAGGAAAUGGGAUGGGAAGAUGCUCAACAUCCACCCAUCCUUGCUCCCGUCUUUUAAGGGUUCAAAUGCCCACGAGCAAGCCCUAGAAGCCGGCGUCACAGUCACCGGGUGUACUGUGCACUUUGUAGCUGAAGAUGUAGAUGCUGGACAGAUUAUUUUACAAGAACCUGUGCCAGUGAAGAGAGGUGACACUGUUGCAACUCUGUCUGAAAGAGUGAAAUUAGCAGAGCACAAAAUAUUCCCCGCAGCCCUCCAGCUGGUAGCCAGUGGAGCUGUACGGCUUGGAGAAAAUGGCAAGAUUUGUUGGGUCACAGAGUGAAGCCUCCCAACCUGGGAAUAGAGCCACUUCUGAAAGAAGUCUGGCUGUGUGCAUGGUGUCUUUUAUCACGGGCUCCGUGGAGAAGAACAAAUACUAAAAAAGAGGUCUUCAUUCUCACCCCUGGCCAUUUUUUUAAGGAAUAGAGAUUCAUUAAAAACAAGACUGGUACAGCAUAGCUAAGAGCUAUGUGUCACCACCAGUCGUCUUUCAGGGUUUACCUGUUCUGGACCUUCUUGUUCACAACCAAGUUGCUCAUUCAGAAUUCUUUCGCUUUCAGCCAGACAAGAUACCAAAACUCUUGGUCUUCUUCUUCUGAAUGAUACCACCUCCCUUUUUUGUAGUUAAAUGUGCUCUGGUAUUUGAAGAGUUAACCCACAAAACUCCCAAGUUACUGUCUCUCCCCUAUAUUUUGAAAUCUGUACUGGUUUGAAUUGAAACUUCUCUAAUUAUCCUGAUCAUGAUUUAGUGUCACAGAAUUUGUGUGUAGCUCCCAUUUCUGAGGGAUAACAUACUUUGUGCUUUGAAAUAUCAUUAAACAUCCCUCUAAUUA